ACCGCCGCGACAGUGCAAUCAUGGCCUCAGUAUCCCUCGACGACAUCUGGAACGCUCCUGCAGAAAUACGCUCCUCCACCUCCGCCCUUCCCAUUGAGCUCAACGACAGCGACGGCGAGGCAAACGCACCACGCAAGCGAAAGCAGCCUCUCUUCUACACUUCUGAUGACGACGAGCCCCCACCCGCCUCCACACGCGCAGCCCCUUCAGCCCUAGCGCCAACAAACAAGCCGUCCAUGCCAGACAUAGACGCUCUUUUUGAGAACCUCGACGAGCCAGACGAUGUGUUCCAGGGCCUGGCACCCGCCCUCGAUUUGGAUCAGCUCCGGCGGGAAGCCGACGCGCACAAUGCGCGCACUGUGCAGGCAGAGUACUCCAGAAUACUGCCUCGGGAGAUGCAAUCCUCAAGACUCUCCGACACUCAAACGCAGAGCAAGGACAAGGACCAGAAGGGCAAAAGCGCCCUCGUGGACGAUGACGAUGGCGAGCCCGAGCAGAAGAAGAAACGGAAGCCGAUCGCAAAGCUCGAUGAAGCACGAUUGCUGGGCAAAGAUGGAUUCCCUCAGCUCUUGAAGGAUACCCAACAUUUCAGACCACGGGGAAAAGGGCAUGAAGCUGCGGACCUCGACAGCGUGCUGCAGAUAUACCAGUUUUGGACGCAUCGAAUGUAUUCAAAAAACAAGUUCCGAGACAGUGUGCAGCGCAUCGAGAAACUUUGUCACUCAAAGCGUAUGCAUGUCGCCCUCAGCGUCUGGCGGGACGAAUCAAAGGGCCUCAUCAAUGGAAGAAGGUUUGACGACGAUGAGGCAAUCGAGCUUUCCGACAAUGACGAGCCCUCGGCUAGGGUCAAACGAACUACAGCCAUGUCUGACGCCGAUAGAGAUGCUGAAGGCUCGCCUACUUCCCAACAAUCAUCACGUCCUCCGCCCUCCUCUUCCCCUGGGCCUUCCUCAGCUCCCGAAGACGAGUUUGAUAUCGACACUCUCAUUGCUGAAGAGGAAGCCCUCAGAGCGCAGCGUCCACCGCUACCAGGGCCCAUCUCCCCUGCAUCGCACUCCUACACCACUGCGAACGCCCAACCAGAACGCCUCCCAGAGACGAGCGACGAAGACGAGGCAAUGUGGGAUGCGCUCGACACGGACUUCACGGCGCCUACGCCUGCCCCACCGCCAGCGAGAGCGGCCCCCGUGCGAAGAGACGACGAGGACGAGGACAUGUGGGAUGUAGUGCGCGAGAUGGAGCAGGCGCAGGAGCAGACCAUGGCCCGACCUGCUCAGAGCGCUGGUGGUGGGCCGCCAUCUGGCACCAAUGACGAAGAUUGGGACGACAUGUACAUGUAGCUUUCUUCUUGGUUUCUGGCGACAUGUACGCUUCAGCAU